AUGGAGGAGGGAAACGCCCGGGUGGACUCAAUCAGCCAGCAGGCCUGUCAAAUGAACAGCGGAAGAGACACUCACGUGAGGAGGAGAGUAUUCUACAUCGUGCAAGAAGUGCCGUACGCAGAUUUUUAUAACUUCGAUUAUGGGCCAAUUGACAAGUUUAGGGAGUCCGCGGAGACGCAGUGCAUCGACGGGGACGCAUCAUCAUCAUCGUCGUCGUCGUCAUCGGGAAGUGCUCAGCUUGGCGAUGGCGGGAGGGGGAAGGCGCCCCAUGAAAGGCGCUGCGGCGAGGGUGUUCCACAGAGGAAUAGUGCAGAAUACGAGGGGGAGAAACGCGAAUGUGCAGAGUACUACCAGGGAGGGGAGCAUCCCAAUGGGGGGAAUCCCAGUGGAGGAGCUCUUCCCUGUGGAGGGCAACCCAAUGGAGGACACCCCCCUGGGGGGGCACCCCGAAAGAGCGAAUCGCGUGAAGCAUAUCCCCUCGCGGAUAACCUCUCUAGGGGGAAGACCCACCCGAAGAAAGGCCCCAAAAAAGGAAAAAGGAAAAAUGAAUUCCUAAAGCAGUGCGAAUUCAGCAGCGACGGGAGUUGCUACUACACCAUUUCGAACGGAAAUCAUUUGAGGCUUUUCGCCACGGACCCGUUACUACUAAAUGAGUUAAGCAAAGGUGAAGAGGGGAAGCUAAAUUUAAGGGCACUCCAUGAGCAGUACGAGCAUAUGAACCCUCAGGAGAGGGAGAAAAGAAACGAAAGUUGGGUCUGCAUGCAGUUGGGUGAGCAUAUAUACGACUGUAAAUUUUACCCCUUCUUUGAUUGGAGCAAUAGCAACACCUGUUUCUUCGCAGCUUGUUCGAAAGGCAACCCCGUUUGUUUGCACAGCGCAUAUGAUGGGUCAUCUAUCAUGUCCUUCAAACCGCUAAACGAGUGCCACGAGCUGUGUAGCUGCUAUUCGUUGUGUUUCCACCCGGAGAGGAACUGGCUCCUAUGCGGAACGAAUGCAAAGUCUAUUAAGGUGUUCGAUUUUGGGAAGCCAAGUGAAGUGUAUGAAAAUCGUAUCCUGAGCACGAGGAGAGGGAAAGGCCAAAAGGGAAUCAUCUCUACCAUGGCAUAUAAAAAAAAUGGAUUUGGGAAAAAUGCAAUUUACGCCGUUGGAGAUUACAGCGAUUGCAUCUACCUCUAUGCAGAUAACUGUGACCAUACAAAUGAUUUCAUUUUGAAAUUUCAAGUUAAUAGGAAGAACUCCAAUGGGGUUACGUGCAUAAAAUGGCUAGACGAGUUUUCCCUCCUAAGUGGCAGUCGAAAUGGGUCCUUUAUCUACCGUUUUGAUAUGAGAAAGGCUACAGAGUAUACGCAGAAAUGGGAAAGAUUUGCCUUAACCAAUCAGAAGUACCUUUUUGAUGUGUAUGGGGAUUUCCUCCUCAGUGGAGAUACCUUUGGAUAUUUAAAUGUAUAUAACUUGGCACACAACAAAUUGAUUUACAGGGAACAAAUUAAUAAGUACUCUCCCCUCAUCUCUGUGCAUGUGCAUCCUACGUAUCCUCUCCUGCUAACAGGAUCUGGCACGAGACGCUUUUACGAAAAUAGCACCAAUCAGGUGGAUAUCAUGGCCAGUGUCCUUAGUCGGGGGGUGCACACAUCUGACCGUAACCUGGUGGAAGAGGACUCGUCUUGUGCAGCCCCCUUUCCCAGCGUCUCCCGCUAUAUAAACAGCGUCUGCACAGUGUGGUGCGAUUUUCCCCCCUGAGGUGUGGUCGUACUGGAAAGGAGAAGCGUCUUCCCAGCAGUUUGGCCUCUCCGCAGCCCCUAUCCAAACGCGCCCUUUCCCCCACUGAGCUGUGUCCGUACUGGGCAAGCAUAUAUGCGUUGCUUCUCCCAGCGUGCGCAGUUGGGUUCCCACGUUUAGAGGGUUACACUACUCCGCUUCGUCACUCCGUUUGAUUUUUCUUUUUUUUUGCUUCUCUUCUG